UUUGUAGCUAAAGCAGCGGCGGGAAUAGCAGCUGCAUUUCUGCGUCUCUCUCUCUCUGUUCAGUUCACCCUUUCCUCUUCUCUAGGCAAAUGGAGAGUAAAAUAAAACAUCGCAGGUAUUACAGUAUAUACAGAUGUCUAGAUAGACCCGAGUGUAUGUCUCAUACCAGUUUAAUCAAUUAGUAUGCGCUCCCAGCGUUAUGGAUUAAUUAUUAUUUUUUUUUUUUUACAAACUUUUAUACUUCUUGAAGCUGCAGGAAUUUAACAGAUAACAGAUUUUUGUUAUUUUGUUAGCAGGAUGCCACGAGACAUUCAGAAUUUCGCGCUGGAAUUUUUUUUUCGCACCAGAUGUGGGGAAUAAUACAACAGACAAAAUGGGAGAUUUGAAUUCUGGUUAUGAAGAGGUGGACGGCGUAAAGCUUGGGUACCUUAUUAUUAAGGGGAAACAAAUGUUUGCCCUUUCCCAGGUUUUCACCGAUCUUUUGAAAAAUAUACCAAGAACUACUGUGCACAAACGAAUGGAUCACUUAAAAAUAAAGAAACAUCACUGUGACCUGGAGGAAUUAAGGAAACUCAAAGCAAUAAACUCCAUAGCUUUCCAUGCAGCUAAAUGUACUCUUAUUUCAAGGGAAGACGUAGAAACUCUGUAUACUUCUUGUAAAACCGAACGUGUGCUAAAAACCAAAAGAAGAAAAUUAAACCGGAGUUUAUCCUCGAAUGAGCUUGGCGAAGAGCAGCUCUCCCCCGAUUCUUACAAUAGGUUUUGGAAAGAAAACAAAGUUUGGCUUAGUUUACAUGGGGCUCCCCAGCCAUUUUCAUCGAAAAGCAAACCUAUACAGCAGGAGGAAGCAAGCUUGCUCUCGGCUUCCAAUCUACCUCAUAUUUACAGUAAAUACGCUGGUCACGGUUACCCAGCGAUGACCAGAUUGCCUUGCACAAAUCCUCAAAACUAUGAAACAACUCAAAUACCCAGUAACUAUGUAGCAUUUCACCCGAGUCAUUCGUUUUUUCGGAGUGUGGUUUGCAGCAGGCAUCCAGUUUUCUAUCAAUCCGCCAUUGUGACUCAGCCAAAGCUCGCAAGUACGGCUGAUCUGACUUGCAAAAGAAAAAAAUCACAAGAACGCACAGGGAAGCACUUUUGGAAUUCCAGCAUCACCAGUCGGGGAGUUCUACUUGCCCCAAAACGCUGCAAGUCUAAAGUAGCUAAUGGAUCUUUGGAUAGAUUUCACAUCGAACACGGGCUGUUUCUUGGUCACCAACAAGGAACCUUACAGGAAAGCUACAGUAGUGACUCGGAGUCUAGUUCAUUUUCAGAUCGUGCUGAUAAUGACUCGGAUUUUGGAUCAAAUUUAUCCACUACUAGCAACUCGGGAACGUCUGAUGACGAGGACGAGGAGUCGUCUGAUUCUUCAGAUGUCACUUCUGAUGAAGACAGCUCCUCUCAGUCGGAUUCUAGCUCAGUUUCCAGCCAGGUGUCUGUGCAGAGUAUACGGUUCAGACGAACUGUUUUUUCAAACCCUAAUAACAAACCACCUUUAUUAGCACAGCCAACUUUUUACUACAAUAUACAGCCCAAAUGUACAAAUAAUACAGAAACAAUUGUGUUAGAGGAUGGCAUUUCAAAUGGGAAACCGCAAAAAGAUUUGAUACCCGCUAUUGUUACAAAAAGACACGAGCAAGGCUGGGCAUCAAAACCACGAAAAGCCUGCUGCUCCGCUGGUCUUGGGAGUUGCUUUCUCGGGACUAGGAGCGACAGGGUAUCACAGAACGCAUUCUUACACACUGAAAUUUCAGAUCAUCUAAAGAGGACUGACCCAACAAUUAACUCCGUUAAAGAGAGAGGCUCUUCACCUAGCCCAAAGGAAAACACAGCAUUUCCACAACAAAGAAUAGCAGGACAGGCAAACUGCCCCCAAGCAUCCAGCUCACACUGUGCAGAAAACAAUGAAACAAUAGACUCUAAACCCCCCGAUAAUGAUUCUUCAUUAGUAAUACAUUUUAAAAAAGAAAAGAAAAUUGACAAUUGCGGUAAAUUGCCGCCGGAUUCACGGAUUUUAAAAACUGAACAGGAUUUAAUUCAAAAUAUUCGCGACAAGGACAGCGACGAUGUUAACACAGGACAAACUGUUCUGCACAGUGUAAAAAUAAAAGUGGAGGAAAACUGUUAUGACGAUUACAGCCCUGAAGAUCAGUUCUUACAAAAUGGAUAUGAGUGCAAUGUUAACAAGGAGGAAGUUUCUACUACUGCCAGUAGCCUAACUUGUGAAGACAAACCUAGAGACACUUUAACACAUGCACAUGAAAACAUUUAUUCGUGCAUUGAAAGCCCAGCCACUUCCCCUCGAACCCAGGAUUUUCAAGGCACUUUAUGCACUCCUUAUCCAGAGGAAUGGGAGUAUAAAAACGGUGCGAGGGUGAGGAAGAACUACAGGACACUUGUGUUAGGAAAGCGACCUGCACUGCACACGACCCCAGUCAGGCUAAAUGUGAAAGCAAACAAGAGCCCGCGUUCUACAGGUAAAAACGAGUUUCAUGAAGGAACACUGGAAGAUUGUACAGGUACAAGCAAGCGCAAACGAGUAGCCAGCGGUGUCGCAUCAGCGGUGAAAAAGCCGUUUAAUUUCAUGGCAAAUUUCCCCACUCCACCGUCGCUAAUUAUUGGCAGCGAUGGGGAUUUGUGCCCUGCUUAUUCAUUAAACUCUCUGAAGGAUCCCCAACCACUUCACAGGGCCCAUCCCGUCUGGAAAUGGCAACUUGGCAGUUCUGCAAUACCUCUCCCACCUAGCCACAAAUUCAGGAAAUUUAAUUUAUGACACUCGUCAUCAGUUAAAUAUAUUGUAUUGUCUUUGGUGGGAAACUAAUAAUUGCUUUCACUUAAUCUGUUCCCGGAUGUAGUGAUUGUGGCAAAACAACUGCAUCUUGGAAAUGGAAUAAUGUUGAUAAGCAAGCUCUGAAGAUCGCAAUGGGAUUAUUACUGUUUUGUAAGACUGGUUUUUAUAUGGGUUAACAUUCCACAAUGUAAACUACUGCUGUCGUAUUUGGAAGUACUUUUAAUGUUGUGCACCUGGAUUUGGAACACUUUAAUGCUUUACAAUACUAAUUAACACCAAGUACCUCAAACAUUUCUACAAUAAGCGACAAAAAAAGUUUAAAUAGAAAAAAAAAAAAUUAGAAAUGAGCCAUUUAAUUUAUGCACUAUAGUUUUGCAAGAGUUUUGACGUAUUGUUAUGGUUAUUUUUGUGUUGAGACUGUAUAGUGGCAAUAUAGUAUAAAUGAAAAGCAGUUGUGUUUUUUUUUCUGAGACAAACUUUUGCAAAACUUUUGCUGCACUGUAAUGAAAUGUCUUUAUUCUCAUAUAAAUGCAAUUUUAAUUUAUGUGCAAGAGCACUGAGCAUUUUUUGGAACUAAUUUUUGUGUUAUGGGAAUAUGAUGGUUUACUUUGGGUUAUGAUUGUCAUUUAAGUGUACUUUUAUUCAAGGAAAUGUUCGCUCACUACAAUUUAAAGUAAACGAGCUUAAUUUUAAUAACGUUGCCAUAAAUUUCACCAUUCAACUAAAGGGUUCAUUUGUGCAUUUAAAUGUUUAAGAACAAUUUAAGGAAAAUUCAUUUGGUGCUAAACCUUAGCGGUUUGGGUUUGAUAGUUUUAAUCAAGAGACAAAUGUUAACGUUUGUGCUUACACUGGGAGUUUGCUGUUUUAGAAUCACCAGGUAGAGCCGCAUGGCAACCCCCACUACAUAUGACGUCGAAUAUGUAUAGUGACAAUCAGACAGAUUUGUUUACAUUUGUACAAACGUUUCAGGAAAAUCAAGGAAAAAGCAAACUCCAGAUGAAUACAUCAGUAGCACAUCCCUUGUGUUGUAAAACAAUAAAUUCAAGCACAAAGAUGAGGAGCCGAUGCACUUUGAAACAUUGCUAACUGAGCCUUAUUUUAUGUUUUCAGUAGAUAAGUUAAUUGGUGUAUCUUCAGUUUGCAUAUGGUUUGUCAAUGUGCUAAAAUAACCAAAUUUUACUGUUAGUUUACUGGUUGCUAUUUUACGUUAUUUUAUUUUUAA